AUGCAGAAGCAGCACCGAGAGAUGAUGACCCAACUGAUUCAACAGCAGCAGCAAAGUGAUGAGAAGCAUGAACGCUUUCUCCGUACGAUCGCAUCGUCAAUCAACGUGCAGGUACCACCGAAUCCGGAACAGAUCCUUGACUCUUCGGCCGGCAACAUCAAGGAAUUCCGGUUCGAGGCCGACUCCAACGUGACGUUUGCGGCUUGGUACUCGAGAUACGACGAUCUCUUCGAGAAGGAUGCUGCUAGAUUGGACGGUGAAGCAAAAGGUCGUCUUCUUUUGCGAAAGCUGGGUGCAUCGGAGCACGAACGCUUCCUGGAAACAGUGGCCAAGCUCAAGAGCCUGUUCGGAGCAAAAGAAUCGGUGAUCAGCCGUCGCUACCGAUGCCUGCAGAUAGCGAAAAAUCCUGCAGAGGACCAUGUGGCAUUCGCUUGCCGCGUAAACAAGGCUUGCGUGGAGUUUGAGCUGGGUAAGCUCUCGGAGGAGCAAUUCAAGUGCUUGGUCUACGUGUGUGGUUUAAAAUCGGAGAACGACGUCGAGAUUCGCACCCGCCUCCUCACGAAAAUAGAAGAGAGAAAUGACGUGACGUUGGAGCAACUUUCGGAGGAGUGCCAGCGGCUGUACAACCUGAAGCACGACAGCGCCAUGAUCGAAUCUCCGUCCACGUACGACCAAGUACAAGCGAUAAGAAAAUUUGGUGGGAAGCGUGCCAGUGCCAAACCCCGAAAAACUGGAAGGAGGCGCAGGAAGCAACCAGUGUCCGCCAAGGUGGUGGUAGUCGAUGUGUGCAGUGUGCAGCAACGCCGCAGAUAUGUCUCCGUGGGCUUUUCUGGAACAAAAAUUCGCCUGCAACUCGAUACCGCCUCAGACAUCACCGUCAUUAGCAGGGAGAUUUGGCGGAGCAUUGGCAGUCCUGCGUUAUCGUCAGCAACGGUGAAGGCGAAGACGGCAUCUGGCAGCAUACUAUCGCUCGAUGGGGAGUUCGAGUGCGACGUCACCAUCGGAAGCAGUACACGACGUGAGCUCAUCCGUGUAACCGAGAAGCAGCUGCAGUUACUCGGAUCCGAUUUGGUCGACAGUUUCAACCUUUGGGCCGUCCCUAUGGACACCUUCUGCUGCCACGUGUCUGGAACGCCAGUGUCGACAGGUGCACUCAAGUCGUCUUUUCCAGAGGUCUUCAGCGAGAAGCUCGGCUUGUGCACCAGAACAAAAGUGAAGUUGGAGUUGAAAGAAAACGUUCGACCCGUCUUCUGUCCGAAGCGUCCGGUAGCUUACGCUAUGUAUGAUACCGUUGAUCGCGAGCUCGACCGGUUAGAGAAAUUGGACAUCAUCACCCCGGUCGAUUAUUCGGAGUGGGCCGCUCCGAUCGUCGUAGUCCGCAAGUCCAAUGGCUCCAUCAGGAUUUGCGGAGACUACUCAACGGGUCUGAAUGCAGCUCUCCAAUCACAGCAGUAUCCACUUCCACUUCCGGAUGACAUCUUCGCCAAGCUGGCUAAGUGUAAGAUCUUCAGCCAGAUAGAUUUGUCCGGCGCCUUCUUACAGGUGGAAGUUGACGAGCAGUACCGUAGUUUGCUGACGAUCAAUACGCAUCGUGGUCUCUACCUCUACAACCGCCUGCCGCCGGGUUUGAAGAUCGCGCCUGGCGCAUUUCAGCAGCUCAUCGACACAAUGUUAGCCGGACUGAAGGGCACUUCUGGCUACCUCGAUGACGUCAUCGUCGGCGGAGAAACUGAAGAGGAGCACGACCUCAAUCUACGGGGUGUCCUGAAGCGAAUCCAAGAUUUCGGAUUCACGAUUCGUGUUGACAAGUGUUUGUUUCGCAAGCAGCAAAUCCGAUACUUGGGGCACAUCAUCGACAGUCGCGGGUUGCGACCAGAUCCGGCGAAAAUCGAGGCGAUCACCAAGCUGCCGCCUCCAGCCGAUGUAUCCGGUGUGCGAUCGUUUUUGGGGGCCAUCAACUACUACGGCAAGUUCGUCCCCAACAUGCGCAUGCUACGCUACCCGCUCGACAAUCUCCUCAAGGUGGAGACGAAGUUCAGCUGGAGUCCGGAGUGCCAGAAAGCGUUCGACCGGUUCAAGCAGAUUCACUCGUCGGAUCUUCUCCUCACACACUACGAUCCGAAGCGGGAAAUCAUCGUUUCUGCUGACGCUUCAUCCGUUGGACUUGGGGCUACCAUUAGCCAUAGGUUCCCAGAUGGAACCAUCAAGGUGGUCCAACAUGCAUCCAGGGCGCUCACGAAGGCAGAACAGGCCUACAGUCAGCCCGAUCGCGAAGGUCUGGCCAUCAUCUUCGCCGUCACGAAGUUCCACAAAAUGCUCUUCGGACGGCACUUCCGUUUGCAAACCGAUCAUCGCCCGCUGCUUCGUAUCUUCGGCUCUAAGAAGGGAAUUCCAGUGUACACUGCGAACUGCCUGCAACGCCUCGCCCUCAACUUGCUGCUCUACGACUUUGAAAUCGAGUACGUGUCCACUGAGAAGUUCGGCAACGCAGACCUGCUCUCCCGGUUGAUCGACCAGCACAUCAAGCCUGAAGAGGACUACGUCAUCGCGAGUCUCAAUCUGGAAGAGGAUAUUAGGUCAGUAGUAACUAAUACGGUUAAAGUGUUGCCUCUCAAUUUCAUAGUCGUUGCGCAAAGCACCCAAGCAGAUCCGCUGCUCCGUCAAGUCCACCGCUACGUUCAGAACGGCUGGCCCCAGUCAACACUCGAUGGGUCAGAACUUCGCCGGUUCCAAUCAAGGCAGGAAUCGCUCUCUGUGGUGGAUGGGUGUAUUUUGUUUGCCGAACGACUCGUCAUUCCGUCGCUGCAUCGGAAACGGUGCCUCGAACAGCUGCACCGUGGCCAUCCGGGCAUGCAGCGAAUGAAAGCCAUCGCUAGGAGCUACGUGUACUGGCCUACGUUGGAUGCUGACAUCGUCAGCUUCGUCAAGGCAUGCCAGCAGUGUGCGUCUGUAGCUCGAUCACCUCCUCACUCUCCACCGGUGCCGUGA